GGCGGAUGACGGCAGGUUUCAUGGGCAUGGCGGUGGCCAUAAUCCUGUUCGGCUGGACCAUCGGAGUGCUGGGCUGCUGCUGGGAUAGAGGCCUCAUGCAGUAUGUGGCCGGCCUCCUCUUCCUCAUGGGGGGAACGUUCUGCAUCAUCUCCCUCUGCACCUGCGUUGCCGGCAUCAACUUCGAGCUCUCCCGUUACCCAAAGUACCUUUACGGCCUGCCUGAUGACAUCGGCCACGGCUACGGCUGGUCCAUGUUCUGCGCCUGGGGGGGUCUCGGCCUCACCCUCAUCGCUGGCUUCUUCUGCACCCUGGCUCCAUCUGUCCAGCCCAUUCCCCGAUCCACCUGCCCCAAAUCCAGACAGGAGAACGGCACCGUCUGCUAAAGCUGGCAGCGUUUUUUCGACGCCGAUAACAAACAGAGAAACUGUUCCACGUCUCCAUCCUUCCACUCAUCUCCAGUCUUUCCUGGUUACAGAUUUCUUUUUUUAUUUGUGUGUGUGUGUGUGUGUGUUGGGUGUCUUGAUGAUCUUGAAAUUAACAGAAAAAACACUGAAGAACUAAAGAAAUAUUAUCAAAAAUGUGAAGUUGUGCUUGUUUUGUUGUUGUGGAGCAGACACCGAAAUGGACCUUAACCAAGAAAAAGGUUUCGAAGGAGACAACGAAGGACUACAUUUUGGAUUGGUGAUACCAAGAGGGCUUUCGACCCCUGAAGGUGACGGACAAUGGUGUUGAAUCUGGGAACAGCUUCUAUAAACUGGCCUACUGUGAGUGUGGAGAACUCAAUAACUCAACAGUAUUGGACGAAACAGUUUAAAUUGUUAAGAUCAAGUUUCUGUUGGACUUCUUGGAGCCUCCUUUGGGAUAAUUCACAAGGGAAUGGACCAGACUUGAAACUAUUUGACUUGCUUGGAUCUUGUUAAGUGGCCAUCUGUUCCAGUAUCUAUGGUCCCUGAAAUUGGGACAUGCGAGCAGCGAGGAGACCCAGGACUUCCACUGUUGUACAUUAUUGUACAGAAUAUUCUAGAGACAACCAGGAACCGUCAUGUUGGACCAUUUUCAUUCCCGUGUAGGUGCAUUUCAUUCUGUCUGAUGACCCCAUCUGCCAUUUAGCAUUUUAUACAUGCAUUCCUCUUUUAUUCAACGUGUAUUAUCCUUUUUAUCGAGCUCUCCAUGUUGUGAACGAACUGAGUGUACGUUCGGAGCAAAUGUUUUUUCCAUCGUAGUCAUAGAGUGAUAUGUGUGUAUGAGUGUGUAUGUGUGGGGAGGGGGUUUGUUUUGCAGUCUCUACAGAGAAAAGUUGUAAAAAAAUGAUCAUAGUGACAAAGUGGAGCCCUGCCUUGGGGAUGUAUAAAGGCAGGAGCUUUGAAGAACUGAACGGCACAAUGGAGAGAUGUAGUAUCCUGUUAAACCCAACUGACUUCUGCCUUGUCAUCUUUUUCGGGACGUUCCCAGCACACAUGGCAGAUCAAGAAGAGUUUGUUUUAAAAGGGAGAAGCAUAUUCCACUCUCUGCUGCCCUGAGCAACUGUGGGAGGCUCGAGUAAUCGCAUCCGACGACGCUCCGCCUUUACUUCCUGGGAAUGUGUGAAGCUCUGCUGUUUCUCCGAGAGUCUUUAUUUUUCAGUAUCAAAGUCCAGGGUCAAAAGUGUUCACCUUACCCAGCGAAUACAUCUAGACUGAGUAAGAAAGUGUUCUGUAUUAGCAAGAUUCUUCAAGGCCUCAGCCCCCAAUCACAAGUCAGAAAUCAGAGUACACACUAACAUGAGCUUGAAUAUUUUUAUGUACAUUAAGGAUGAUGAUGAUGAUGAUAAUCGAAUUCUCACCAGGACCAACUGGUUUAGAUACGGACAUGCAGUCAUUAGAACUAUACAAUACAGAAAGCAGUCAAUGGGAUCCUCCAACCCAAAAACAAAACUUAAACUUCGAUUUCUUUUUUUGUUUUGCUUUUAGAAUUCAACAUUAACCAUGUGUUUAUAACAGUGACAGCUUUCACUAUGCUUUUUCAGCUUGUGGGUUCGUAACAACUGGAGAUGAUAUGAUAUGGGUUGAUAAAAUGCGAAACGGUUGUUUACGGAAAGAAUGAGUCAACAUGUGUCACUAACCCUAACCCUAACAAACAACAACAAUCAAGUCAUCAUAUCAUGUAAUCCAGGGACUAUCUGUCAAUAAAAUGAAAUAAAUAAUCGAAGUUAAAAAUAAAGUGGAGUUUUUGUGAGGCAGUACAUUACAUUUGUCAACAUUGUGUGAUGGAUAACAUAUUUAGGGCCCAGUAGUUAACACUGCUUUGGUUGUCACUGUUUUGAAUCUGUUGGUUAACAUAUUCAAUGUAGACCACUAACCUUGCAGCUAAACCUCAACUAGAGACCAAGAAAAUGGGAUAUGACAGUCAGUGUUUUUAAUAGUAAUGUCAUUGUUAUCUGAAGACAUCAAACAGAGUUUUUUUUUUUUAUCAGAGCUGUAUUUUCCCAUUAUCUGGGGAUACUCAUGUUCUUUCAUGUCUGUUUCAUCAUGGAAGCCUUCAAACAGGCCUCUUAGACGAGACCAGAGAUCAUAAACUGGGGAAUACUAUUCUUUGUCAUUUUUCCCAAUACCUUUUUUUAACGUUUGGUAUAAAUAUUUGGGGUAACGCAGGUGGUCAAACUCAAUGUCAGAACCAUUAAGAGGAGUAAGCUGGUAAGCACCCUGGCAUGGAUUUACAGUAUGUUAGACGAACAGAUUGAACCACGACUCACCCAAACAGCUGGACUCCCUUCCAGAUGUCUACCAACACAUCAGCCCAACAGCUGGGUCACUGACGACAAAGUUUAAGGACAGCGAUACUUCAACUUCCAUUGUGGACUGAUGGUAAAAAUGAGAAUGAUCUAUCAACCUUUAACAUCAGUAAUGUGUCUGUUUAGUAAACAUUAAUACAAUUGGAAAAAAAAGAGGAAAAUGUUCAACUGUGGAAUGUAAAAUCACAACAAAAUAAAUCUCA